AUGAGGAUGCAAGUGUCUAGUAGAAAAACAUUUAUUACAAGGAGAAUAAUAAAGGGAAAGGAAGAAUGUAAUAGAUGGUUAGAUGAUUACUCAAGAUCUUUUUAUUCUUAUAUCAAACAUGUGGAAAGGGGCAAACUUGAUAGAAGAGCAAUAGCAUCCGGUUCAAUAGUAAUUAGGCUGCAGUUAAAAAUAAUAGAGGAGUUUCAUUUAUAUAUGGCCAAAAGUUUGCCAGGAAGUACGAUAAGCAUAGGUGGGGAAGAGAAGAAGAAGAUAAUGAACGAACUUCAAAUGUCAUCUCUGAAAGAGGGUUUCAGGACAUCAUAUAGUCUCCAGGGGACAGAGGACGCAUCAAAAUGGAAUGAAUGCAUGAACCCUCUAAUGUUUGCUAUUGUCCACCAAUGUUGGAUUAAUGAUGAAAUAAGUUUAAAAAAAUGGUUUGAAACCUGCGACAGUGGAAGAUAA